AUGUGCAUCUCCGUCUUUUCUACUGCUCACCCUGAGUACCCAUUCAUCCUCAUCAGUAACCGCGAUGAAUUCAUCAAUCGCCCAACUUUGCGUGCAGACUGGUGGGAUACGCCGAACGACCAUGUUCUCGGAGGACGAGAUACCAAACGUAAGGAACGAGGAACAUGGCUCGCGAUGACCAAACAAGGCCGCAUUACUAUCUUGACCAACUUCCGAGAGAAGGGCGACACUCAUGUUGACAUGAGCAAAAGCCGUGGAGGCAUGCCGAAUGCCUUCUUGACUGUGGCCCCGGAGUCCGAGGAAUCUGACGAAGAGUUCGUGCAGAGACUAUUGAGCUACGGGAUCCACGACGUUGGUGGGUUCACUAUGAUUUUUGGAAAGCUGCAAUCACCAGGUCAGCAUCCACAAAUGCCUGGCCUGGCGCUUGUCUCAAAUCGAACAGAGUCUACGAAGAAUCUGAAGCGGAUCGCUACGACAGUGGGAGAAACGCAUGCUGUCAGUAACAGUCACUUCGGUGACAAUACCUGGCCUAAGGUGGUCCACGGCGAGAAGUUGUUGAAGGAAGCCAUCUCCAGCAGCAUUACGUUUGGGUAUAAUCAGAACACUUUCAUCGAGCACCUGUUUGACGUACUCAGCGAGGACGCACUACCGACACGAAAGAAAGAUGAGUCGUGGGACGACUACGUCUACUACAUGAGAACAUCAAUCAUGAUACCACCCGCCAAAGGUGCAGCCGGGCAGGAAAUCAGCUCUUCGGAGGGGACGAGCACGCCGACUCCAGACCAACUAUCUCUUGGAAAAGAGGCCUAUGGAACGACGAAGCAGACGGUGAUCUUGGUCAACACGCGAGGAGAAGUUACAUUCGUGGAGCGGACUCUGUUCGAGGACGGCAAGGCGGUGGAUGAAAAGGAUGGAGAUCGAAAGAUUCAAUUCCCAAUAGAGCCAUGGUAA